AUGGCUACUCCUCCGCCAACCUUCCUCAUAGUGGACCCACACAAGGGAAGAAAAAGAGAUAUAUUCAACUUCUUGUUCAUGAAAAAUGAAUGGAGUGGAAUGAGGUUCUUGGAUGGCUCAGACGAGGGAGUUGUGCGAGGUGCAGUAUCUGAUCACAGGUGGAUUUUAUUGGUGUCUGUUAUAAUUCGGAGAAUCCUUGCCUUUAUUAAUACUCCAUUGAUGUAUCUUGGCUACGUGGUUGAUUUCUUCCUCAACCUUAUUUCUCAAAAUGGUGGCGUCUCUGGUAUACUUUGUAACUCUCUCCAAGGAAAGCUGAUGAUACCAAAGAAAGGAACAGAAAACUUUAUAAGCACUAUUGGACAGUUGGAUGGACGAAUAGAGCUAUACAAAACUGAAAUAAUGUCGGAGAAGGUAGAUGAUUCUGUUUCUGCAGAUGCAUAUCACAUGAGAUCAGGUUUGGGGAAUCGGUAUCUCAUGGACCUUUGUAUCAUGGCGUCUAAGCUUGUUUAUGAGAAUGAGAACGUUGUUAAAAACGUUGUCGAACGAUACUGGAAGAUGCAUUUCGUGGACUUCUACAACUGCUGGAAUGAAAAUCAAAAGGAAGAAAACACCCAAGUGUUCAUUUGCUGCGACAAGCCUAAAGAUGCAAACUUGAUAGUGAUCAGCUUUAGGGGCACAGAACCAUUUAACGCUCAAGAUUGGAGCACUGAUUUCGAUUUCUCAUGGUAUGAGGUCGAAAAAGUGGGAAAAAUUCAUGUCGGAUUCUUAGAAGCUAUGGGUUUGGGCAGCAGAGGAGAUCCUUCCACCUUCAAAAAUCACCUUCGCAGGAAGCUUGCAGGUUUCUUCCAUUUAAAUCAAGAAACUGAGACAAUGAUGAUGGAGUGGGCAAAGAAAAGUGCGUAUUAUGCUGUGUCCAUGAAGCUAAAAAGCUUGUUAACGGAGCACAGGAAUGCAAAGUUCGUAGUCACUGGACAUAGCUUAGGAGGAGCUCUUGCUAUACUUUUCCCAUGCGUGCUAGUGAUUCAGGAGGAGACAGAGAUUAUACGAAGGUUGCUAAAUAUAUACACAUUUGGACAACCAAGGAUCGGAGAUGCACAACUUGGAAAAUUCAUGGAGGCUCAUUUGAACUUCCCAGCUAAUAGAUACUAUAGGGUAGUUUAUUGCAACGACAUGGUUCCUCGUGUGCCUUUCGACGACAAGGUCUUCGCCUUCAAGCACUUCGGAGUCUGCCUUUACUACGACAGUCGCUACUUCGGACAAUUUAUGGAUGAGGAGCCGAACAAAAACUUCUUUGGAUUGAAGAACUUCAUCCCCAUGCGUGUGAAUGUAGUGUGGGAGAUUUUCAGGAGUUUUGCAAUAGGCCACACACACGGGCAAGAGUACAAGGAGAGUUGGUUCUGCACAUUUUUUAGAGCAUUGGGUUUGGUGCUUCCUGGAAUUGCUGCUCAUAGUCCUAUAGAUUAUGUCAACUCAGUGAGGCUUGGAAGGGAGCGCAGAACUCCAUUGUCAUCUUUGAAAAGCUUCGUUCGCAAACCACACGAUGGUUAA